AUGUCAUUACAGGCAACCGCGUUUGCCUACCUCUUUCCAGGCAGCCCCAUGGUGAACUCAUUGCUGGCCACAGCUUACAUUUCCAUCUUCCCCAAUCUACUAUUGUACUUUGUCCCUCCUGAUAUCAAUACAGGCGCGUUGAACGUCUUGGUCAGUUUUGCUGUUGGUGGAUUAUUGGGAGAUGUCUUUUUGCACUUGUUGCCACAUGCAUUCCUCGGUGAACACGUUGAGAGCGGAUCCAUGGUGCAGGUCAAUGAGCAAAAGAAUGUCCUUAUCGGCAUGGGUAUCUUUGGUGGAUUGUUCUUCUUUUUCGUCAUGGACAAGUUGAUGCGUGUCUUUAAUGGUGGUAGCGGUCAUGACCAUCAUCAUCAUCACCACCAAGAACAGAACGACCAUGAUCAUGCAACAACAUCUGCUGUGAAGGAUUCAAAAGACAACAAUCUUCGACAACGUAAUGGUGGAAAGCAAAAAGAGAAUGAAAAGGAGGAAGAGGAGGAACACAAGCAUAACAACAAUGAUGGUGGUAUCAAGCUUAGUGCCUAUUUGAACUUGCUUGCCGAUUUUACACACAACAUGACGGAUGGUCUUGCCAUGGCAGCUUCCUUCUAUGCAUCCCCCAGCGUCGGUGCCACUACCGCUGUAGCUGUAUUUUUCCACGAGAUCCCUCAUGAAGUGGGUGAUUAUGCCAUCUUGAUCCAGUCAGGUUUCACCAAGCAACGAGCCAUGAUGGCGCAAUUCACAACAGCUGUUGGCGCUUUUCUUGGUACUAUUAUCGGCAUCGUCAUUGAGCAAAUGUCUCGGUCGUCAUCAUCCGAAAAGGCAGCACAUGAUGCAUUGCAUGAUGCUGGUAUCAUGGCAACCGGUUUACAAUGGAGCGAUUUGGUGAUUCCUUUCACUGCUGGUGGAUUCAUGUACAUUGCUACGGUGGGUGUCAUUCCUGAACUACUCGAAGUGACCGGCAAGAUUCAAAAAGAUCGUCGUCAAGCAUUAUAUGAAUUUGGAGCCAUGUUGGUGGGAUUAGCUUUGAUGGCUGUCAUUGCAUGGAACGAGGGAGCCGCAUAA